GACCCUGAAUUUGGUCCCAACUCACAUCAAACAUGAGUUUCUUCGAAGAAAGAACACCGGCACACUGGGUAAUUCACACUCAUGUUGCGAGCCCUCAAAAAUCGAGCCAGGGAUAAAGUACAAUAAGCUGAACAGCUGCAGUGCUCACGGGGGACUCUUCCAGUUCUUGGUAUCCAUUGUUUAAAAAAAAUUGAAAUAUAAAAACUCUAUACAAGCCUUGACUGGUCAGUUUAAAAGUGUAAACAGCCUCAUACACUCAGUUUAUCUAUUCAUCUUAAGAAAAACUUAAUGAUUAACUAAACAGUUCAUUUUUUCGUUCAGUUUCUACGUUUUUCCUUCAGUGUCACUUUUCCUUGAUGUCUGCAACAUGUGUGACUAAACAAAUUAGACUUUUACCCUUUUGUAGUUGCUACAGCAUUUAAGGUUGAGAAAAUUAUAAACACCCCAAAACAAUAAAUACUACACUCAUUUGUUGUAGGUAUGUAGCCUAGAAAAAUAGGUAUAUAGACUUUGUAGUAGGUGGGUAGGAGCGUAACUAGCUGAUGUGGAAGGUUUUGUAGUACUUGCGCAGUGCAAAAGCAUAUGUUUCUGACUGAGAUAGUUCUCAAUUUACUAAAAGGAAUUAAGGUCUGGAGGUAAGAUCUAGAUCGUGCAUCAAUUAAAAUAUAAAAACUAUACGAGCCUUGUCUGGUCAGUUUAAACGUGUAAGCGGCCUCAUACACUCAGUUUUUCAUCCAAUUUCUACAUUUUUUCUUCAGUGUGACUAAAGAAAAUUAGACUUUUGGCUUUUGGUAGUUGUUACAACACUAAAGGGUGAGAAAGUUAUAAACACCCCAAAACAGUAAGUACAUACACUCAUUUGUUGCGGGUAUAUAGCCUAGAAAUAGGUUCAUAGACUUAUAGUAGGUGGAUAAGAGCGUAUCUGGUGGUAUGGAAGGUUUUAUAGUAGUUGCGCAGUACAGAAGUGUACAUUUCUGCCUGACAUAGCUCUCAGGUAGAAAUGGUGAAUGAUGGAGUGAGUGUGGUGUUCAAUCCUUUUUUAAAUAAGAUAGUUACUGUGAGCAGGAACUAUCUUUUUUAAAAAAGGAUUAGCUCUCAGGUAUAUUGUGAAGUAAGACUAGAUCAUGCAUCAAUUGAAAUAGAAAAAAUAAAAUCUAAGUAUGAGCAUUCAUUAGUCAGUCCAAGCAUGUAAGCGGUCUAAUACACUCAGUUUACCUGUUCAUCUUAAGCAACAACUGAACAGUUUGUGCAACAACAGUUUUCCAUCCAGUUUUUAAAUUCCUUCAGUGUCACUUUUCCUUGAUGUUGGCAUCAUGUGUGACCAAAGACAAUUAGACCUGCCUUUCGGUAACGUUAUAUCACUAGAGGAUAAAUAAUAUAAUAUAGGACUAGAAAUAGGUUCAUAGACUUUGUAAUAGGAGCAUUUCUAGAUGGUGUGGAAGGUUUUAUAAUUGUUGGGCUGUAUAGAAGCAUUCGUUUCUGACAGAAGCACUCAAUAUACUGAAGGGAAUCGAGGUAUUUUUGUAAUUCAGUGAUACUGUGCUGUAUAAAGAGAGAAAUUCGUCAUGUCAAAGGUCGUCGACUACUCCCGGCUUGUGAGGGACUCUGCCAGUUUGGUGCCAGUCCUCCUUGAGACAUCUCACAAAGGUAAUUCUGGGAGGAUAGGAAUUUUCGGCGGUUCGGUCGAAUUUUCAGGUGCCCCUUAUUUCGCUGGAAUAAGUGCUUUAAAAACAGGUGCCGAUCUCGUUUAUGUGUUCACCGCAUCGAGUGCGGCACCUUCGAUCAAAUCAUAUAGUCCGGAGCUCAUGGUGCUGCCCUUCUUGGACUCAGAUGAUGCAGCUACUCGUAUCAGGCCUUGGUUGAAAAAAUUGCAUUCCAUUUUGUUAGGCCCGGGCCUUGGAAGGCAUGACACGAUCUACAGCAGGGUCAAGGAUGUAAUAGAUACUCUCAAGACGACUCCGACUGACACCGGUAAAUACCGGCCUCUUGUAUUUGAUGCUGAUGCCAUACAUUUCUUGACUCACCAUCAGAACAUUCUGAAGGACUACCCUGGCCAGGUAUUCCUCACGCCGAAUACAGUCGAAUUCGACCUCCUGGUGAAUGUCAUACUUGGACAUGAGUACGAACAGCCGACCGAGAAGCUUAUGAAACAGCUGUCCAAAGAGAUCGGAAAAGACGUGACUAUAGUGCUCAAAGGUAAUAUCGACCUGAUAUGCGACUCGAAAAUGCAACUUGUAUCGGACACAAAAGGCUCGUUAAGGCGGUGUGGCGGUCAAGGAGAUAUCAUGUCGGGGAUUUUGGCGACUUUUGCCGCCUGGGCUGCUCUGAGAGAAUGGGCUGAUUGUUCGCCCUCCUCAAGUGAGGUUUCUGACAACAUCCUUGCAGCUUAUGCGGCUUCUUUUCUCACUAGGACUUGUAGCAGAAUUGCAUUUGCAACACACUCGAGGUCAAUGCUCGCCACAGAUAUGAUAAAAGAAAUACCUUCCGUAUUCAAAUCGUAUUAUGAUUUUCAGUUUCAUACCCAUGGUGAAGAUUUCCAAAAUACCAUUUAAUAUUAGUUAUUACUGUUACUGUUAAUACAUAUAAGUGUAAGAGUUUGCAAAUACUGUUGAUUGUUUUGUUAAUUUAUAAAAAUGUUUUACAAAAUUGUUAUAAAAAAAUAUACUGAAUUGAAACUCA